UACAGCUCGUCCGUUACGAUUGAGACACGUGUAAUGUCAAAAGAAAUAAAAAAAAGAGGUAACCAUGGUUUGGGUGGGCCGCCCGAGGGAAAAAUUGCAGAAAAUUUCCACCCGAAGAAGAAACCGAUCGGUGCCCGCUGCUCGUUGAGAGGGCUUGGCCGAGAGCAACAUUGUUCAACGCAAGAUUUAAAUCCGAAUCCGAAAAUGUCUUCAGAUUCAGGAACGAUGGCGUAUACAAAAAGUGCCUGCAAUUUUCGGCCAAGCUUGAAUGUUCAUCCGGGAGUUUCAAACUUUACAAAAUUUGAUUUAAAUAUUACCAACAUUUUGCAUUUAUAUUUGAAUUUUAAUUUUUUGCCUCAAAUGCCCUCGGCAUCUGAUGUUGUUUCAACGCAAAUUUUUUGUUUUUGAAGGGGUUCGGCUGUUGGGAAAAACACAAAAUUGGAGCUUUUGAAGGGUUUCGCGUGUUGGGGAAAGGGCGUAUCAUUCGAAAAACUUUGGAGCAAUUGGAGCUAUGGCCGAGGAUCAAACGAAGUCUAGGGAAAGCAUUGAUUUGAAUCGAGUACUGGGUUUCGAAGAGAGUGACGACGACGUCUCAAGCGGUCCAAAAAAUGAUCCAAAAGAGGCGUCUGAUGCUGCUAAAGAAAAAGUAGAGUUUCACUCUGAUGCACAUGAAUGUGACGAGAAUGGUGAAGAUGGUGUUUCUGGUGAGAAGGAUGCACAUGAUGAAGUUUUUGAUAAAUUAACCGUUCCCGAAUGGGAGGAAAUGCUUGCUGUGGGAUCUACACUAAGCACAAAUCUGGUCCACAUUUUUGGAUAUUGUCUUACAUAUUCACAUAAAAAAGGUUUCAGUGUUCGGAGGGGGGAUGAGAAAAGGUUUGGUCAAAGAGGUGAUAUCCGAUUAAAACAAUUCCUUUGUUCCAGUAGUGGUUUGACGGAUAUGAAGCGUCAGAAGACAAGUUCGGGGGUUUACAAGAAAAUGGUUACUAGAACCAAUUGUGCGGCUCAAUUGGUGGUAUCAAGAAAGGAUGAAGGGCCAUUCGUUGUGUCCAUUUUCGAAACGGUGCAUAACCAUGAGUUGAUAGCAACUGACAUGUCGUACAUGCUGAGAUCAAACCGGAAUCUGAACAUUGGUCAUCAGUCUGUUCUGCAAGCUAUGAAAGAUGCUGGUAUUGGCGUUAGUGUUGCUUGCAAGUUCAUGAAAAAGGAAAGUGGGGGUGUACCCAAUGUUGGUUUCACAAGGAAGGAUGCAUAUAAUCACAUUGAUCGUGUGAAGCGGUUAUCCAAAUUGGCAAAUGAGGAUGCUUCGGAUGUGGUUAAAUACUUCGCCAGUAAAUCUAAUGCAGAGCCUUUUUUCUUCUGGAAGCACGAAUGUGAUGAGGAUGGAAGAUUGAUGAAUUUCUUUUUCAGGGAUUCUAGAAGUGCGUUAGACUAUGAAUCAUUUGGUGAUGUUUUAUCUUUAGACACUACAUAUCGCACGAAUCGGUAUAAUCUGAUUUGUGCUCCUUUUGUUGGCAUAAAUCAUCACUCUCAAAAUGUCAUGUUCGGAAUGGCCUUUCUCUCUGAUGAAACCACGGAUACAUUGAAGUGGUUGUUGCAGACCUUUCUUGAGUCUAUGCAUGGCAAAGAGCCAGGGUUAAUAUACACUGAUCAGGCAUUGGCUCUGAUGAAGGCCAUUGACGAAACUUUUACGAGUGCGAAGCAUCGCUUGUGCCAAUGGCAUAUCAGUCAGAAUGCACCUGGGCAUUUUGGAAACUUGAAUGGCAACAAGGAGUUCAAAGAAUUGUGGUAUAAAUGCAUGAACGGGGUUGCACUGAGACGGAGUGGGAGGAGACAUGGAGCAACAUGAUGGAAACCUAUUCACCCCGUAAAGAGAGAUGGUUUUCCGAUAUGUAUUUGCUACGUAAACGGUGGGCAUCGGUUUUCACAAGAGAUAUCUUCUCUGCUGGGCUAUUGGCAACGUCUCGCAGUGAGUCCGCCAACAAAGUGAUGAAGGAGAUUUGUCGUUCGAGCACGUCGUUAUUUGACCUUGUAAUUAAGUACGACGGCAUACUCCAAAAAUGGCGACGUGGAGAACGUGAAGAGGACAUGCACUGUAGAUGGUUACCUGGCCAAUAUGUACGAAACAAUCCACUUCUGACUCAUGCAGCUAGUGUGUACACACGUGCACUCUACAAAGCAUUUGAGGAAGAGGUCAAGGCUUCCUUCAAUGUUAUUCUUGAAGAAUUUCCGGGAGAAGUUGGUGAAUGGCUGUGGUUUAACGCUACUUCAACUGGUCUCCGCUCACGUCCGAGGGUGAUUCAGUUUAACCGAUAUAGUUCCCAUGCCACCUGUAGUUGUAGGAUGUGGGAAUCGGAAGGAAUACCGUGCAGGCAUAUUGUGAAAGUAUUUUACUUGAAAAACGUUGUCCAAAUUCCAGAUGAUCUCAUUUUGAAGCGAUGGACGAAGGGGGCCAAAUUUGGUGAAUCUUUUCCGCUCAAUGAUUGCCUACACGGUGGCACAAUGAACUAUAUGUUAUUUGUGAAUAAGUGUAUGCGUGAUGUGUAUGAGAUGGCCACAUCAAGUAAGGAUUCAGAAGUGGCUUGUUCAGCGAUACUAGAGCAAUUAGCUAACCUGCGAUUAGAAGUAUCAAAGAUUGUUGGUAGUCCUAUGAAGCCGUGCGAUGGAUCAGAGCCCACGAGUGGGAAAGUUUCCAAUAAAAUACAGAAUCCAAAGAAGAUUAGAGGACGAGUUUAUGUAAAGAAGAAACGUUGGCAAGCUGAAGGCCGCAAAAAACGGGGUGUUAAGGGAAGAACAAGUACAGAACCUAAACGAACACAACUGGGGACGAAAACCACGAUCAAUUUCAUGAACAUUGAUGAAGAUGAUUCAGCCGAUUCAGCCGAGGAACAGAUGGUGAAUGCUGGCCUUUGAUGAUGAAGUGCUGUAUAUCUAAUGGCAUUUGAAGAACCGCGUGGAAGAAGACGAAGAUGAUUGGUGCUUACCUGAGUAUUUUGCCGUUGACAUGGAAAGCGUUGCAAGGAAGAAUACCAACAAAGGAUAACUCGAUCAAAAGCGGAGUGUUACAGCCGGUGGCUCGUCCCCUUAUGAUUGUAUCCCUACAAAGCUUUAAUUGAGCUUCAAUUGUCCUCUACUGUUUUUGAAUUUGGUUCCUUCCAAACUCUAGAGGUCAUUAAAGGUGACGUAAUAACGUAAAUGUGGUAGAUGGAGGGAUUAGAGAGUUGGAGGUUUAGUUGAUUGUGGUAGAGGGCACGACGCAUCGUUUGUGUUAAGUUGAUAGUGGUAGAGAAAUUUAGAGCAUUAAAAUAAAAGUA